GAUGAUUUAAUUUCGUGAUACAUUAAAAAACACUUUAUAGAUUUCACCUAAGUAAUCUUUAUACUUUCAUAUUGGAAAUUAAUUGUUACCUGAAGGUAUAAUUAAUAAAAAGAUAUUUUUAGAUCUCAAAUUAGCAGAUAUUUAUGAAAAAAAGAAGGAUUCAGAAGAUGGUUUCUUAUAUAUAACUUACUCUGAUUUAGAAGUCUUUGGAUUAAAUUCUAAUUGA